UUCUUCAGAACGAGCUACUUUCUCCAGCAUCACAAUUUUUCCUUCCACAAAAUGUUGAAGAUGCGACCAUCGUGCCGAAGGUGGAACACCUUUCAUCACGUUUCUCAAUUUGGAUAGUACCACGUGCACGGCAGAUUCCUCGUGUUAUCUGAUCGGAUCGGUCUGUGUGUAGUUACCGGAUUCAUCUCCGGCGCGAGUCGGUUCCGGAGAACAUCUUGUUGAGAGCGGGCGAGUAGCAGUUAGUAGUAGUAGUAGUAGUAACAGUAGAAGAACUCACGGUAUAAGACUACUCCUUUCGCGAGUUUCACCGACUUACUUAGGAGCGCGCUCAGAGAAAAGCGACGUCAGUUCGCAAAGGCGAUUUGCCGAGAACGCAAAAGGAGCGCGAGCGCGAAAGUUUUAUACGAAUGUGACAUACGAGCGGUUCCUCUCUUUCGCACGAUCGAAAAUGGAAAAUGCAUCCGUCGAUCGCGACGUUUCCCGCGCGAUGAUCGAGAAAAAAUUUUCAUGAUCUGAGAAUAAAAAAAGAAAAAGGGGUAAAGCGAGAGGAAACAAUAUUCUCAGAUAUCAGAGUUUUCUUAUUAAAGCCAAAUAAGAGUGAUAUGCGAUGGAUUAAAAACAUUCUGAUACAAGCUGAGAUAAGGUCGGACUAAUUAAUUUAUUAUCUCAGUGUGCUAUAACUUUAUAAUGCGAAGAGGGUAGAGGAUUAGUUUAUUCCAUCGCAAUCGACUGUUUUUUGUGUAUUUUUGUAAAUUUUGAUAUUAAUUCAAUGGACCUCGGGGAUUAAGUGCACAUUCGCCUGCAUGAGUCUUGAGGAGAUCCUAAGUUUGUGCAACAGAAAAAACGUGAUCUUUAUUAUUUUGUGCGCCGCGGUCAUUUACGUGCAUCUCAUCGCCGAGAACGACGAGACGAAGUGUGUCGGCGGGAGAGGAUCGCGGUGUCGCGAAGACGAGGAGGCAUCGAGGUUCCUGAUCGCGCUGCAACUAUGCGGAAGACGUUUUCCGUGCUCGCGCUAAUCGCAUUCGCGUGUGACAUCUCGCGCGACCCCCUGGUCCACGGCGACUCUGUCGGGAAUCCGGAAGUUGCGGGAAGAAGCGAUGACUACGAGUAUCAGAAAGAACCGAACGGACAGUUCGACGACGCGGAAGUGCCGCGAAGGUCCAUGGGAAAUCGCGAGCAAAGUCCAAGCGAGCCCGUAGGUAAAUGGAGAAGCAACGGCGAGGCCCUCGAGCCGAAGUGGCGAGACGGCGAUUACAUACCCCUUUUACCAUUCUCUCACUACCGAUCCUACACAAGGGACGAGGUCGACGACGCUGAGGACUUUUCCGAAACGAAUCGUCGACCGUUCAAGUAUCGUUAUUCGAUCGAUCAACCAAAUCGUCCUCGAGGAAGUCCAGACAGACGAGGCGUUUCAUCUUCGAGCGACUACGACGAAGCGACGUAUCGAAGUCGCGAAGAUCAUCCGCGCGAUAGUUCGACGCCCGAUGAGGAAACGAUCGAAAGCGCGGCGAGCAACGAUGGGAAACGCGGUCGCAAUAUCGUCGAUGAUUCGGUUAACAACGACAGGGAAGCCUCGAGAUAUCACGAGGCCUUCCAGGCUCGACCCGACGAGUACGAGCACGAAUUCAAUGACGAGGAAUACAUGAAACCUCGCCCAAGGAAAAGAAGACCACCGCAGAAUUACGAAUUCGCUCUGGCGAACGAAGCAUCUUCUAAUGAGGAAAACGAAGAAUCAAGAGAUGCCUCUCAAUUUCCGUUAUCGGAAAGCAGUAAAAAUCUUCCGGUAAUAACGCGAUCAUCCGACAACGAACGAGAAAACGCGCUCGAGCUGAAAUCACUAUUAAAGAUGCAGCAAGAGGAGGGCUCGAGUCUGUCAGAGAUUCUGCAACGAAGGAAUCUGAGCUUGAGCGAUCUCCUGAAGGGCAAGGCCGACGUGAUCAACGCUCUGAAAUCAAGAAUCACCGACGAGUCCGACGAAUACAUCGAGGAGAUGUCGAGGGUAAUGUCCGAUUCGUUAAUGAAGCUCGCCGCAGUAACACCACCUUGGAAAUCCACAACGACCGAAAAUACUACUAUAAAAAUUGCGGCGGCUUCAAGUACUUUAGAUAACUCCAUAUCCAGGGUAAUGAUCGUCUCGCAUGAAGUUUCAGAAAAUUAUGACGAAGUAUCUUCAAACGAAACGAAUCGUAUUAAAGAAAAAUCGAAUAAAGCCGAAAAUAUCGCGACGCAAUCCGUGCGCGAUUCUUCGUGGCGAAGAAUGGCUUCGACAACUCCUCCGAUCGUCUCGACAGUGAUUACCACAUCGACGACAUCGCCGCCGAUCGCGGUAAACUCCAUGGAGUACUUUCUGAAUGACGACGGCAACGCGGGAUCGACGAGCGAUCGCGCGGCAAAAUUCGAGAAUCUUGACGAGGACGAGAUCAUGGAGUUCUCGGACUUUACGGACUUCAAGAAGGGAACAUCGUCUCGCGAUAUCGAGUCCACCUUGAGCAUCGAACAAAUUCUCAAUCCCACGGAGCGCAUCGAGCCGACGAGAUAUCGCAAGAGCGAUCAAGGCAGCAAUACUGAAAGUAAUAGCAAUAAAAAGAUUACUCAGGAUCAAUCAAUUCCUAUUGGUGAACAGGCGUCUGCGGAGGAUUACAACACGUUUAUCGAAGCCGAGUAUCAGAACGAUGCUCCGAUCCCUGAAGAAGAUCAUGGAAAGCAGAAUAAAGUAAAGAGUAAUCCAAGCGCUAGUCAAACUGAUGCUGUCGCAAGUCCAGUUGAGAAAAAACAAACCGCGAAUCCAGAUGAUGAUAUAAAGAAGCUGUACGAUAAGAAUCACUCAACCGAGUAUCAUCAGGUAAGUCGAUCGCCAAUGGAAAAGAUUCGCAAUCACUCGAGUUUGAAGAAUCAUCAAGGUACGGAUAGCAGGCACUAUGAAGAGGUCAUCUCCGAAAUCGAACCGGAGGCACGAGCAGAGAUCUUCGAGCUAUUCGCGUCCGGCUCGGCCGGCAAACGAUUAGAGCGGCUUCUAAAGUCGAGAAACAUGAGCGUGGAGGAAUUGAUAGCAUUGCGUCAAAGAGGGUCCAGCAAGGUGCACUUGACAGAAAUGUCGCGAUUGAGAGUAACUAAACCGCAGAACAAUCUUCAGACCUUAGAAACCUCCAAUACAAACAAUGAAGAUAUUAUCAUACAGCUCUCAUCAACUGGUAAUUCCAAUGGACACAUCAGCGAAGAUAAGAAGAUCUCUGAAAAGGAAGGCGCGAAGCGAGAGAAGGCGGAAGAGUCAAUGUCUCAGUUCAUCAAGCAAGACAUCAUGGGCUAUUUACACGAUCCUUUCUUCGACAAGAACGUGGAGAACAUGUCGAUGUCAAGAUUGCUGGAUCUCGUCGAGCGUGACAAGAAUGCGUCGAGGGGAACGUUUCCUGAAAAUGAUACACUAAAUGAACAUAGUGAACUGCAGAAUUCUCGUCGAACGGUGCAGAUUGUUGGUUUACUUACGACAUUCGAUUCUUUUCCUUUUAUAAAAGACGUGCAGCGACAGUUCGAUACAGUCAAAAUCAAUAAUAACGAAUUUGAACCUAAGCUUCCGAUAGACAAUGAUAACGCGAGUGUAUUGUUAGUCGACGAAGAUACGAAGAUCGUUGGAGCAGAUAACUCCUCUGGCCAAUUCCAUGCCGGAUAUGUAAAAGAAAUCGUGAAGGAGGAACCGCACGUCAUCGAUAUAAAAACGAUUUACGGGGAAACGAUGAGCGAUGGGGAAGAGAGAAAGACCCUGUCACAGAUGAAGCCAAGCAUAAUAGCGAGCGGCGCGAUAUUGGGCGUAACGAUCGUCGUGUUCCUGGCGAUCUUCAUCGUGUGCCGGAUUCGGCAGAAGCAGAAGUACACAUACAGAAACACGUUCUCCCGCGCGGUGUUCCAGAACCCGGUUAUGAUGGCGAGAAAACUCUCGAAUUCCAGCAGCCUCAGCACCGUGAUGGUAAAUGUCGUCGCGACAUCGACGACCAAGAGGCCCGAGAGAACGGAAAUGCAGGAGACUGUGGAGGAGUUUGACGGCAAAAGCGAUAUAGACAACGAUUCGUUGGAUGGGAACGACAGCUGGGAGACGAUACCCGAUUACGCGAAAUAAUUCGUUGUCGGCACAAUCGAUACGAUAGUCUAUCAGUUUGAUGCAGAAAAAAUUUGUCGCGUUUAUCAAAUGAAAUUAAAAACAUUAUAUCCAUUUUUAAUUGCAUAUUUUUUUUGUUUUAUAAUUUUUAUUUUAAAUGAUAUAAUAUUAUCAUCAUUGAGGGAUUCCCAAUAUAUUUUUUCUAUUUAAAAAAUGUUUCUAUUUUUUUAAUGCUUAUAUUUAAUAAAAUAAGAUUUAAUAAGAAUGCCGACAAAAACUUUGCAUCAAUCUAAUAGAAAGCCACCAAUAUUUUCGCUUAUCAAAAAUAAACUGUAUCAUAAAGGCUGAUUGGAUGUCCUUAGCGAGCACUUUGAAGCACCAUAUUGAUUAAAUUAAUCAUGAGAUUUUAUCAACAAAGGAUUAAAAUAAUUAAAUCCGUAAAUGUAUAUAUACAUAUUUUUCUAAAUUAAAUCGACCAAUACAAAGUU